AUGAAGGAACCAGGUGAUCAGGAUACUGAGCGGGGGAGAUUAGAUAGAUCAAAGAGUGAUGGGAAGCGGUCUCAGAGCUCCUUGAAGUCUGCAUCAAGAUCUGCUGUGAGAGAGGAUGCCACAGAUGAAACAUUUACUGAAGGCAGAGAAUCAUAUUUAGAGGAUGAUGAUUAUGAUAUGGAACAUUUGGAAGGAAGUUCAAGUUCAUUUCAAGAUGACUAUGUGGAUAACAUUGGAGAAUCUCAGUAUAUGGAAGCCCCUGCUCCAGCCUCAGAAGAGGCGGAGGAGAAAGUUAAGAAGAAAAUCUCGGUGAACUUCUUCUACAAUUAUGUGGAGCUUGUUUCGAUGCCUUUUGUGACUCCGGAUUCGAACAUACCACUGGAUCUUCUCACACUUGUUCAUUCCUUUGGUUACGACUGCAGAAAGCGGGCCAACCUACAACUUCUGGACAGCAAUACUGUGAUGUACAUAGCUGGGAACCAGCUGAUCCUUCUGAAUUUGAAAACCAAGGAACAGAUGUACCUGCGAAGUAGCAGUGGGAGAGGAAUUGGUGUCAUUGGGGUUCAUCCUGAUAAAACUUACUUCACAGUAGCUGAAAAAGGUGUUUUCCCAAAGAUUAUCAUCUAUGAAUAUCCUUCUUUGAAGCCCUACAGAAUCCUUCAAGAUGGGACUGAGCUGGGCUAUGCUUAUGUGGAUUUUAACUACAAUGGUACCUUGCUAGCCUCUGUUGGCAGCAACCCUGAUUACACACUGACCAUCUGGAAUUGGAAAGAAGAACAGCCCAUACUGAGGACAAAAGCUUUUUCCCAGGAAGUUUUUAAGGUUACUUUCAAUCCUGAAGAUGAUGAGCAGCUUACUACAUCGGGAUCAGGCCACAUCAAGUUCUGGGAAAUGGCUCUAACAUUCACUGGUCUCAAGCUUCAGGGCUCAUUGGGUCGAUUUGGCAAAACAGCCACUUCUGAUAUAGAAGGUUACAUGCAGCUCCCGGAUGGGAAGGUGCUCUCGGGCUCAGGGUGGGGCAACAUGCUGUUGUGGGAAGGCGGCCUCAUCAAGGUUGAGCUCUGUCGAGCUGGAAGGAAGUCUUGUCAUCAGGGUCCCAUUAACCAGAUAAUGCUGGAUGAGGGCGAAGUUAUCACCGUUGGGGCAGAUGGAUGUAUUAGGAUCUGGGAUUUUGAGACAGUAGACACUGCUGAUUCUAUUGAUGAGACUGGAUUGUUAGAGAUUGAGCCCAUUAAUGAACUUCAAGUUGGCAAGAAAGUCAAACUCUUCUCUAUGAUAAAAAUGAACGAGAUUGGAAGUAACUUUUGGUUGGCUCAGGAUGCCAGUGGAGCCAUAUGGAAGCUUGACCUUAGUUUUUCAAAUAUUACUCAAGAUCCAGACUGCCUCUUCUCCUUCCAUUCUGGAGCUGUUGAAGCCUUGGCAGUCUCUCCCCUCACUUACCUCAUGGCCACUACUGCCUUGGAUUGCUCUGUUCGAAUCUAUGAUUUUGCUAGCAAAACUCCUUUGGCUCAGAUGAAAUUCAAACAAGGAGGUACUGCCCUUGCUUGGGUACCCCGACUGGUAAGCUACACCGGAGCACAGAUUAUUGUAGGAUUUGAAGAUGGGGUGGUUCGAAUUCUUGAACUUUACGAUCCCAAAGGGCUUACAGUUUUUGCAGGACGGAAGAAAAUUUCUGAUGCAGAUAUUAAUUUGAAACAGGUUUUCAAACCCCAUACUGCUCGUGUCACUGCUUUAGCUUAUGAACGUGAUGGAGAAAUUCUAGCUACAGGGAGUAAAGAUCAGACCGUCUUCUUCUUUGAGGUAGAAAAAGAUUAUAAGCCAAUAGGAUAUAUUACUACUCCUGGACCUGUUCGCCAGUUAAUAUGGUCUUCGAACUCCCAUCCUGACAGUACUUUACUGAUUAUCUGUGAGAACGACUAUGUUCUUGAAACUCCAUUUCCAACCAUAAAGGAGGAAGAGGAAAAUCGUGAUGUAGUUUCCUAUGAAAUCAAAGACAUGUGCAUAAAGUAUUUUCAUUUCUCAAGUGUCAAAUCUAAGAUUCUGCGAUUCAUAGAAAUAGAAAAAAGAAAGACACUAAAGGAGUUGAAGGAGAAGGAAAAAAGGGGGAAGCAGCUAGCAGCAGAGAUGGGAGAAGAUGGAGAAAAGGAAUUCCAGGCAGAGGAGGAGGAAGAGGAAGAAGAGGGGCCAUUACCUGAAAUCUUUAUUCCAUCAACUCCCUGUCACAUCCUCUGUGGAUUUUACUCUGAGCCAGGGAAGUUCUGGGUUUCUUUGGGUGGCUAUGAUGCUGGUUUUCUGUAUCACUGUGAGUUCCCCCCGUAUGACAAAAGUAGUGCUAUCACAAAAAAGAAAGAUGAACCUUUUGAUUUUCGUCUUCUUCAAGAUAUGGAGGAUAAUCCCAUCCAGACUAUCACUUUCAGCAUUCACCAAGAUAUGAUGUUUUGUGGAUUGCAAAAUGGAGCAAUUCGAGUCUAUAUCCUAAGUCAGGAUAAUCCUUCAUUGAUGAAUAUAGAGGACUACUGGCACUUCAAUAUCCAUGACAAUGAUUAUGGAUGUAUUAAAGGCAUCUCUACUAGUUUUGAUGACCGUUUCUUGGUGACUACUGGAGCAGAUAGUAAUAUCUUUGUUUUCAACAUUUUUUCUGAAUUUGAGCUGAAGAAAGACAUCAGAGCCAAAGUGCCAUCUCCCAGGUUUGGAAUUGAAACAGAGCCAAUUCCAGAAGAUAUUGAAGAUCCCAGAGCCUACAGUAUUGAGAAUGCUAGAAGAAAAAGAGAACAUGACAAGUUAAUGAAAGAAGUGGAAGAAAUAAAGGCUGAGAAGAGAGAAAAACUCAAAGCUUUGAGGAAUGAAUUUUGGAAACUUCUAGAAAUGAAUCAAGGAUUACCAAAGCAUAUGCAGUUUAAGCGAACAGAUUUUGAUAUAGAUUCCAAAAUACGUGCUGAGAUUGGCAGGAAAACUGCUUUUAAAAUUCAACAAGUGGAAAAAGAAUUAGCUUGGGAAAAAGAGAAACAUGAACUUGGCCUCAUGAAGCUACAGAAUAGAUUUUGUGAGUCAUUGGAAAGUGAUACUAUUGUGGUUCAUGCCAUACAAAGUGAUCACAAGAUAUCCUCCUAUAGGCUUGUGAAGCCGUCUAAGUAUUCCAAGUCCAAACGAACAAGUCUAUCAGACAGAAGAACAAGCAAAUUGGAGAGGUUAGAAAAAGAGGGAGCUGGAAGAAAGGAUAGCCAGAAAGAUACAGGUGGGAGCAUUGGUGUGCCAGAAGAAUCAAUUAUAGAGAAAGGGAAGAAAUUUCGGCCUAAAACCCUAAGUGAAAUUAUGGUGGAAAAUCAAAUUGAGAAAACAAAGAAACUUAUAUUAAAAGCUGAAAGGGCCCAACUUAAGAUUCAGCAGCGAAAAAAAGAAUGGGAUGAACUGUACAAGAGUAAACCUCAGGAUGACUUUGAAGAUCCCAAAGAUGUUCAAGCCAUCAAGGAGGCCCAGUUGUAUAUGGGAGACUUCAAUCUGAAGACAGCCUCAGACUAUAAGAUACCUGAGCACAUGAGAGUAAAUGCUGCCAAGAAGGAGGAGGAACUGGGACACCUAGACUCCAUGGCCCAUUCAAAGAAAAAGAACAUGAACAAAUGUAUCCUCUCUCUUCGAGACCUUAAAGUGGCCGUCAUCGAGGAAAUACAGUGCCUGGUUCAAGAACUGAAGAGCAUCCAGUCAAUUCUUCACAUAUCCAAGCACAUUCCUAUUCCCCAAGUCCCCCAGAUACACCCAGAAGAAGUUCCAGAAAAGAGAUUUCAGUAUGAUGAGGAAACUCUCCUAAAUUUUAAGCGACAGCACAUGAAGAUUCAGGGUGAAACAUCCUCCCAGCUGGAACAGGGAGGGUCUACAGGCUCAAGUGGAGGAUUCCUCAGACUCUCUUCUAGAAAGAACAGUGAUUUGACGACAAGAGAUUCAUUGUCUAGAUCAUCAAAGGCAUCAGCAUUCUGUGUAGAUACUGUAAAAUUACUGGAAUUUGAAAAAGCAGAUCCAAUUGAUAUAGAGCUGGAGAUUAUGAAAAGGGACGAGAUUAAACACUUGUACAUGCAACAGUAUUUAACCAAUAGGAUCAAAGAACUGAUUGUCACUUUUGAUGCAGAACUCCGUCUCCUGAGGCAUCAGAAACUGAAACUAGAUACUCAGAUGAAAUUAUCUGACCUUCACCAUGUCACAUUAUUUCAAGAAAUGCUUCUCCUCAAGAAUUUUGAAAAACAGGAGAACAUACUUCAAGAGCGUGUUAAUUCGUUAGACAAAGAAGAACAGGAUAUGCAGUGGAAAAUAAAUGAAACUCUUAAAGAGAUGGAAGAGAAAAAGAAUGAAAUUGCCAAGCUCCAGGACCAAGAAAAAGCACUCUAUGCUGGUUUCCAAGCAGCCGUUGGAGAAAACAAUAAAUUUGCUAAUUUCCUCAUGAAAGUCCUAAAGAAGAGGAUUAAGCGGGCAAAGAAAAAGGAUGUUGAAGGAGAUGCCGAUGAAGAUGAAGAUAGUGAUGAAUCAAGUGAAGAAGAAUCUAGCUUAGAGAGUGAUGAAGAUGAGUCUGGAUCUGAAGAUGAAGUUUUUGAUGAUUCUAUUUGCCCAACAAAUUGUGAUGUGGGUCUUUUUGAAUUGGCCCUUCAACUUCGAGAGAAAAGGCUGGACAUUGAGGAGGCCUUAGCUGAAGAAAAGAAAAUUAUCGAUAACCUCAAAAAGGAACAUGAUACACUAUCCAAAAAAGUGAAAGUUGUGGCAGCUAACCUGAAUGUAGCUGAGGAGGCCCUGGAGGCUUACCAACGAGAGAAACAGCAGCGGCUAAAUGAACUGCUGGUCGUGAUUCCACUCAAGCUCCACCAGGUAGAGUAUGUAGCAUUUGGAGAAAUUCCUAAUGAUCUUUCUGGAACCUUGGUCUUUUCUAACCAUUCCUUGGGACGGCUCCAAGAAAGAAUCAUACAGCUCCAUGAAGAAAAUUCCAAGCAGCAAAAACUUAACAAGGACUGCCGGGAGAGGCGCAAACAGCUUAUCCGAGAAAAGAGAGAGAUGGCAAAAACCAUAAGCAAAAUGGAAGAAACGGUCCAUCAACUAAUGAUCAGCAAGUUUGGCCGUGUGAUAGACUUAGAAGCCCUUCAGACACUUUCCGUGAACACAACGCUUGAAGAGCUAAAGAUCAAAAAACUUCGAAAGGAGCUAACGAAUGCAAAGGAAAUGAAGAUGUGGGAGGAAAAGAUUGCUCAGGUACGAUGGGAGUUGAUGAUGAAGACAAAGGAACACACUAAAAAGCUUCAUCAGAUGAAUGAUUUAUGUAUUGAAAAGAAGAAACUCGAUUCUCAGUUGAAUACACUACAGAACCAGCAGGGCAAUGCCUUCCAGGGCCCUCGGAAAGCGGACAUUGUGGCAAGAGAGAAGGUCACUGAAUUGAUCCAACUCCAGGCAGAAAGGAUUUUGGCCUUAAAGGAAGAGAUUGCUCUCUUGCGUAAGAAAGGUGGUCUUAUCCUACCCCUCAUUCAGCCUCCACAAGAGAAGGAGAUGAAGCCCAUGGGCCUUUAAGUUUGCUUUUUUCUCUCAACUCCGUCCAAGAUUUCCGACAUACAACUUACCAGAAGUUCUGUUUCCUUGCCGGCUGCAAUAGUCCUAUUAUUUUAAAAUGAAUUUAUUUAAAAGUCUAAGACCAGAUCCACUCAUAUAGUUUUAAUAACUUUUCUCCAAUUUGGUUAUCUUAGAAUGGACUCUAGCACUCAACAUCUAUUUCUUAUUGAACUGAACCAUUUUAGAUCUGUUUGGAGCCCACUGGAUUGAAUAUGGAGGCUUCAGAAGCUGUAUGUAUCUCAAAACUGCAAGAAAGCAUCUGCAAUAUAUCUUGUUUUAGG